CUAAGUGCCCGUGGUAUACAACUAUAUAUCAACUAUAUCUAUAUCUAUUUAUCUAUCUGCUUAUACAAAUGAUAUUCUCUUUUUACGUUGUUUGCUUUUCCACCCCCUUUUUUCUGCUUACUUUACGAUACAAGGGAAAGGGGAGGGAGAGGGGACUGUGUAUAAACAAAGCUUUAUAGCAAAAAUAAUUGAGCUUGAUUAAAGGCAACAUAUAUUAUAAACAAUAAAGAAGGAAAAGAUUUUUCUGGUGUUGAGAAAGAGAACAGAGGAAAAGACAGAAAAGCGCAACGUCAGAGUUAGCCAUAGGGUUCUCCUUGGUAUGUGGUUUCUGGUAUUGUUUUUCACUGCCUCAGAUAUAGAGGGAAGAUACUACUUCUUCUCAUCUUCCUCUCUCUCUCUCUCUCUCUCUAUAUGUCUCUGAUAUGAAGCUUUGAGUAGCUGCUUCUAUAUUUUCUUUUGUUCAUAUUAUUAUAGUGUGGACAUCACUGGAUUUUGGUAUGUAUAUAUGAAAAAAACAAAAAUUGUCUCUUGGGUUGGUGCCAAACAAGUUUGAGAAACCAUGAAUUAAGUUUAUAGUAUUUGCUUCACUUAGCAGAUGUAGAGAAACUCUCUCAAUUAUCAUUUUUCUCUCACUGAUACUGUUUUUUUCUUUGUUGGGGGGUUUGAAAGACUAUAUAUUCCCGAGUUGUGUGUCAAUUUUGCCUCUUUGUUCUGUUCGUUUCUCGCUAGUCCAGUUCCAGCCUUUUCCUUUUUCUGUUUUAGGUGACGGUUGUCAUUUGAUCGAUCCCAGAAGCUAGCAAGAGUAGUAACAUAAGAAAAACUCAGAUCUAGCUAUGGCUCGUGAGAAUUCAAAAAGGUCCAAAUAUGAGAAAAGACGAUGAAGGAUUUGAUUUGAUGUUCCAAAAACCAUGUCUAAUUUGACUUCUGCAUCCGGUGAAGCUAGUGCUUCUUCAGGCAACAGAACCGAAAUUGGUUCUGAUUACUCGCAGCAAUACUUUGCUAGCCCACCAACUCAAACGCAGGCUCCAACAAAGAAAAAGAGAAACCUUCCAGGCAACCCAGACCCGGAGGCUGAAGUUGUGGCGUUGUCUCCAAAGACUCUCUUGGCCACAAACAGGUUCGUCUGUGAGAUCUGCAACAAAGGGUUUCAAAGAGAUCAGAAUCUCCAGCUUCACAGAAGAGGGCACAACUUACCAUGGAAGCUGAAGCAGAGAACCGGCAAGGAGAUAAGGAAGAAGGUUUAUGUGUGCCCAGAAGCAAGUUGCGUCCACCACGACCCUUCAAGGGCCCUGGGGGACCUAACUGGCAUCAAGAAGCACUUCUGCAGAAAGCACGGCGAGAAGAAGUGGAAAUGCGACAAGUGCUCCAAGAAGUAUGCUGUUCAAUCAGACUGGAAAGCUCACUCAAAGACCUGUGGCACAAGAGAGUACAGAUGUGACUGUGGAACUCUCUUCUCAAGGAGGGACAGUUUCAUAACCCACAGAGCCUUCUGUGAUGCAUUAGCAGAGGAGAGUGCAAGAUCUGUGACAGGCAUGGACAUUGGCAUAGGCAUUCCCAGCAACUCAGCUACAACGCCAACGACACCUCACAAAGCACCUUCAGCAGGAGUAGUGAUACCUUCAUCCUCUCAUCAUCAUCAUCAUCAUCAUCAUCAUCAUGAAGACAUCCAUGGUAGCAAUUUCCCAUUGAAGAAAGAGCAACAAGGUUUCAUACCCCCUUGGCUUGGACAACCACCCUCCACCAUUGAUCUCUCCUCCUCCUCCUCCUCAUUCUUCUCUCAGCAGGAUCAUGUGAGCAAUCUCCAUGAAAACCCUAACCCUAGAGGUGGUGGUGGUGGAGGUGGUCCCACUCUCCCUCCCUACCCAACAGCACCUUCCCCUCCUCACAUGUCAGCCACAGCGUUGCUGCAGAAAGCAGCCCAAAUGGGAGCUACCAUGAGCAAAACUGGCUCCAUGAUUAGGACCCACCAACAGGCUCACGUGUCUGCCGACCCUUUGAAUUUGUCCUCACGUGACGACCAGAUGACCCCCACUUCCAACACCACCACUCCCCAUGGCUUGGUACCUUUCGGGAAUAAAGCUGUUCCUGGUGUUGGUGUUGGUGUUUCUUCAUCACUCCUUCACCAUGUUAUUAACUCUUUCUCUUCCCCUUUUGAAGGGACUUCUUUUGAGGACCCUUUCAAUGGUGCUGUCACGAACACAACCGCCGCUGAUGACCGUGCCGGUGGUGGCGGCGGCGGCGGCGGAGGAGGAGGAGGAGGAAAUUAUAAUGAGGCCAUGACUAGAGAUUUCUUGGGUCUUAGACCCCUCUCUCACACUGAUAUUCUCAACAUUGCUGGCAUGGGAAACUGCAUGAACUCCCAACAUAACCAAACCCAAAACCCUUGGCAAGGUUAGCUCCAUAUGUUUUACAAAUAUAUCAGCAUUUUCCUUUUCUUUAUUUCAUUACAAUAUAUAAUAUACAUUUAUUUUUGCUUUUCUUUAUCAUAUAUAUUCUCAAUCUUCCCAAAGGGACGGACCUUCCAGAAUAUCAAUAUUUUAUGCAGUUAUAUUUUACAGAUAUAUACAUAUGACUUUAGUAUAUUAU